GCUUCCGGGUCACGUUGUCCUCAUGCUGGAGAAAGCAUGGCGGCGAAAAACAACCAGCGUAAAAGGGCCAAAGCGAGCAGAAAAGUGACGUUUCAGCCCGCAGAUAAAGACAUGGAGGCUGAGAACAGCGGAGGAGAGGAAGAGGAGGAAGAGGAGGGAGAGGAGGGAGGAAAAGGAGAGAAAGAAGAAAGAAGAAGAAGAGGAGAAGAGGAGUUCAGUCUGGACGAGGUUCUCCGUCUGGGAGGAACACAGGCCGACUACGUUCUGCUCGCCGGUCUGAACGACACCAACGAGCUCAUCGACGGAGGAAAGAAAGGAGCGAUAGACGACCUCGAGGACGGCGAGCUUGAGAAGUUCAUCGUCAAACUGGGCGUCCGAGCGUACGCCGGACUGCAGGCCAUCCCGGACGAGCCCGAGGUAGACGAAGCCGCCGCCGCCGCCACCGAGGCGGAAAAUAAGAAGAACGAAGCAAAGAAAACCGCGACAGAAGAAGAAAAAGCUCAACAGAAAGUGAAGAAGGAGGAGAGACAGAAGGCGAAGAAGACCAAAGACGCGGUGAAGAAGAAACAGAACGUGAACGUGUUUGAGUUCCAGCGGCGGCAGAUUCUGCUCAUCAAACCCGGGGGGAAGUGGUUCGACCUGGACUACACCGCCGAGAGCACCGCCACCCCGCAGGAUCCCUCACUGGUCUCCCAGUACAAGGCGCUCGCCCAGCAGCUGUUCGAGGCCGACGUGGCGCUCUACAAGAGCAAGAAGAACCUGCAGAAGGGCGCCAACUCCAACUGGAUGAAGACGGUCGUGUCCUCCGGCGUGCUGGCCGACAGGAUGGCGGCCAUGACGGUGCUGAUCCAGGACGCGCCUGUGCACACGCUGGAGCACGUGGAGAACCUGGUCGCCAUGGUGAAGAAGAAGGGCAGCCGGCGGAUGGGUCUGAUGGCUCUGGACACGCUGCGGGAGCUGCUGCUGUCCAACCUGCUGCCCGAGGGCAGGAAGCUCCGCCCCUUCGCCCAGCGGCCGUUCGACCAGCUGGAGGAGAAAGCCAGCGGCAACCGCGACGCCCGCGACCGCCGCCUCGUCCUCUGGUACUUCGAGCACCACCUGAAGCACCACGUGGCCGAGUUCGUGGCGGCGCUGGACUCGGUGGCCCACGACACGGUGGCGGCCACCAAGGCGAAGGCGCUCGCCACCGCCCACGAGCUGCUGUGCGGACGCCCGGAGCAGGAGCGGGCGCUGCUCGGCCAGGUCGUCAACAAGCUGGGCGACCCCGAGUACAAGACGGCGGCCAAGGCGUCCUACCUGCUGGAGUCGCUGCUGUACAAGCACCCCAACAUGAAGGCGACGGUGUGCUGCGAGGUGGAGCGGCUCAUGUUCCGGCCCAACAUCAGCGCCAAGGCGCAGUACUACGCCGUCGUCUUCCUCAGCCAGGUGAUGCUGAGCCACGACGAGGCCGAGCUCGCCGCCAAGCUCAUCGCCAUCUACUUCUCCUUCUUCCGCUCCUGCGUCAAGAAGAAGGACGUGGAGUCCAAGAUGCUGAGCGGGCUGCUGUCGGGCGUGAACAGAGCGUAUCCCUACGCCGGCGCCGGAGACGAGAAGGUUCGGGAGCAGCUGGACACGCUGUUCAAGGUGGUUCACCUGGUGAAGUUCAACACGGCGGUGCAGGCGCUCAUGCUGCUCUUCCAGGUGAUGGACUCCCAGCAGAGCGUCUCCGACCGCUACUACGUCGCUCUCUACAAGAAGUUGCUGGACCCCGGUUUGUCGUCGUCCUCCCGUCAGAGUAUGUUCCUCAACCUUCUCUACAAGUCUCUGAAGGCCGACAUCGUUCUGCGUCGGGUCAAAGCCUUCGUGAAGCGGCUGCUGCAGGUCAGCGCUGAGCAGAACGCCAGCUUCGCCUGCGGGGCGCUCUUCCUGGUGUCGGAGGUCAUGAAGGCCAAACCGGGCCUGAAGAUGCUGCUGCAGGAAGGCGGGGACGGAGAGGAGGAGGAGUUCAAAGACCUCGCUGAAGAAAAAGAUGAUGAUGAUGAUGAAGAGGAGCGUUUUGUGGACGCCGACAAACUGGAGGAAGGAGCGAUAGCAGAACCGAGUGCAGAGACAGAGGUGGCAAAGCCCGCUGCAUCAUGGGUACAUCACCAGAACCUGGAAGGAGGGAAGAGCAUUCAGAUCUACGACCCGCUGCACAGAAACCCGUUGUUCUGCGGCGCCGACCACACGACUCUAUGGGAACUACAGAGGCUCGCCGUGCACUUUCACCCCUCAGUGUCGCUGUUUGCAAAAACCCUCCUGCAGGGCGGGUCCAUCCAGUACUCCGGAGACCCUCUGCAGGACUUCACCCUCACCAGGUUCUUGGACCGGUUCGUCUUCAGAAACCCCAAACAGCUGAAGGGGAAACAAAACACAGACUCUGCAGCUCUGACGCCCAAACAGAGGUUACCUCUCAACUCUUUACCAGUGAACUGUGAGGAGUUUCUGUUCAAAGAAGAGAGUCAGGUCCCCGUCGAUGAAAUCUUCUUCCAUCGUUUCUUCAAGAAGCGUCAGCAGGAGAAGCAGCUUCAGAAUCGUCGUCCUCGAGGAGACAACGAGAGCGUUGAGGACGUCGACGACGAAGAGUUUGAGAAAAUGCUCGAUUCCGUUGAGGGAGACUCGUACUUCACCGACUUGGCGGUCGAUGAUCUGGACUUUGCAGGUAACGUGAAGACUAAAAAGAGUAAGAAAGGCGCCGAAGACUCGGACGACUCUGACGACGAGGACAUGGACGACCUGGACGACGAGGAGGUGUCUCUGGGCAGCAUGGACGAGGAAGACUUCGGAGACGAGCUGGAGGAGGAAGGAGGGACGUUCAUUGAUCCUGAUGGAGGCGGAGAUGAAGAUGAUGAUGAUGAAGAAGUUCCAGAGUUGGAGGAUGACGACGCAUUCGGUGUUUCAGACGAUGAGAUGGAAAUUCCAGACAUCACUCCUCGUACCAAGAAGGGGAAAAGGAAAUCUUCCGAGGAGCUCGACUUCUCUGGGACUUUAGAUUCCAAACAGGGGAAGAAGAAGAAGAAAGGAAAGAAAGAUACCGCCAUUUUUGCUUCUGCUGAAGAGUUUGGUUCAAUGUUGGAUGAGAACGCCGGCUCCAAGUUUGAUAACAUUGGAAUGAACGCGGUGGCCAACACUGACAAAGCAGGCCUGAAACAGUUGAAGUGGGAAGCCCAUCGAGACGACUGGAUCCAAGGCCGCGAUGCCAAAACGAUGCGCAAGAAGAAGACCACGUUCAACAAAAAGAGGAACUUCGGUCGAGUCAAGGCAUUCGGGAACAAGAAGAGGAAGUAGUAGCAGCUGCCGUGUGUUUGUGGAUUUUUUUAACGGACACCUUCAUUCCUGUUUGACCGACCACGCUUCAUGGUCUUUCUCUCGGAUUCCGUAGACCCCUGCCCACUCAUUGGACUGGUAGUAAACUAGGAGGAAACACACGAGAAGAAACUGGUUUUGUAAAAUCAAAGACUUUGACUCAUAUUGCCCCUACGUUGUAAGAAGACAUGUACAUCAAUGAAGAUUAAAAUUAUUAACAUUUUCUGAUGUACUCUUUGGUUUUCUUUCAAGAACAUCUUUGUAGACUUCAUGCCAAAGUGAUAUAUUUUCAGUGAUGCUGUAUUAAACGAAUUACAUCUUU